AUGCCGCCUGGUAUUAACCAUGGUGCUUUUGCUUCAGCCGGCGUCAUCGCUGUGUCCGUAGCUGUCGCCGCAGCCAUCGCCAUUUACGAGUCCCCUGAGCUCCGACGCUAUACCGAUGACAUCCGCAGACGCAUCGCCAUGGCCCUACAUUCGCUGGGCGAGGGUCGAGAGGAGCUGAUGUACUGGAACGCCAUUCACCUGUCCAAGCUUGAGUUCCAGAGGAAGGCCGACGAACAGGCAUCGCCCGCCGCCCAGCUGCCAGCCGCCACCGAGGGCUCCAGCUUUGACGACUUUCUUCGGCAAGACGCCAGUGGCGAGAGCAACUCGUUCGUUUUCAAAACAGGCGCAAAUGUCAACGAGGGCGAGGCUCAGGUCCGACGCCGCAACGAGGGCGCCCGCGGCCUCGCUGCAGCGGCGGCGGCGGCGGCGCUCGCCAACCCUUUUGACGACGAGUACCGAAUCGAUCCUGUGGAGCUCUUUGACAACGCCAAUAACGUCGCACCCCAUCACGAUGAUUCCAUGUCAGACAUUUACAGCGCCACGACCCGCGAUGCCGAUGACGCCCCUCCCAAUCUCUCUGUCGCCCUCUCCACCGCCACGCCGGACCUCGUGGAUGUGACCACUGACAAUGACACGGCGACAGAGCGCUCGACCACGCUCGACCGCGAGCUUGACCAGGACGAGUACAUGACGGCAGGCCAGGACCAGGAUGACCAUAGUGCCUCCGAGGCGUACGCUUCCAUCCAGGCCUGGGCCCAGGGUUCGAGCUCCAACUUUUACUCGCCCCUGCCCAUGUCGCCCGCCGCUCCCAUGUCCGAGCCCGAGAUGGUCAGCGAGGGUGUUUUGACGCCGACCGACUCGGUUUCGCUCGCCGGCUCCGGCGAGGACAUUGCCAACGACACGGUGUCUUCCAGGGGCGGCGACAACAGCCGUCCGUACGACGUUCUCAGCGAGAGUGAGGGUAUGAUGACACCAGCGAGCUGGUCUGAAGUCGGCAGCGUCGUCAGCGAGAACGACAUGCAGCACAACGAGCCUCUGCGCGCAUGA